AUGUCGCCGCUGCGGACCCCGCUCCCCGCGUGGGAACCGGUCGGCGCGGUGAGCUUCGCGGACGUGGCCGUGUACUUCUCCCCGGACGAGUGGGGCUGUCUGCGGCCCGCGCAGAGGGCCCUGUACCGGGACGUGAUGCGGGAGACCUACGGCCACCUGGGCGCGCUCGGGUUCCGAGGCGCCAAGCCAGCUCUCAUCUCCUGGGUGGAGGAAGAGGCCGACCUGUGGGGCCCGGCUGCCCGGGAUCCGGAGGCGGGAGCGUGUCCGCCAGCAGCGGGCGCAGGUUCCAGAAACAAAGAAGAGAAAAGGCAAGGAGAAGGGACUGAGGCCCUGGAGAAGAGCCUUUCUGUGGAAGCCCGGCCUCCUGGACUGAAGGCUCUAAUGCAAAGUUCUUCUGCCGGGCUCCCUUAUAGCGUGGAGCAGCUGUCCAAGGCACCUCGCCGGGGUCGCCCCCGACUCUGUGCCCACCCCCCUGUCCCAAGAGCCGACCAGCGUCAUGGCUGCUACAUGUGUGGGAAGAGUUUUGCCUGGCGCUCUACGCUGGUGGAGCACCAGUAUACGCACACGGGUGAAAAGCCCUUCCGCUGCCCGGACUGCGGCAAGGGCUUCAGCCAGGCCUCCUCUCUGAGCAAGCACCGGGCCAUCCACCGCGGGGAGCGGCCCCACCGCUGCCCGGACUGCGGCCGGGCCUUCACCCAGCGCUCUGCCCUCACCACUCACCUUCGGGUCCACACGGGCGAGAAGCCCUACUGCUGCGCCGACUGCGGCCGCUGCUUUAGCCAGAGCUCUGCCCUCUACCAGCACCAGCGGGUCCACAGUGGCGAGACUCCCUUCCCCUGCCCAGACUGUGGCCGCGCCUUUGCACAUGCGUCAGACCUUCGGCGCCACAUUCGCACGCACACAGGCGAGAAGCCCUACCCGUGCCCAGACUGUGGGCGCUGUUUCCGGCAGAGCUCCGAAAUGGCAGCCCAUCGGCGUACCCACAGCGGUGAACGCCCCUACCCCUGUCCCCAGUGCGGCAGGUGCUUCGGCCAGAAGUCAGCCAUGGCCAAGCACCAGUGGGUCCACAGGCCUGGCGCCGGGCGGCACAGGGGCCAGGGUGCCAGUGUGUUGCCUGUGCCUCUGGCCUCCAGCCAAGAGGACCUGGACCCACCUGUGAGCUUCCAGCACUACCCAGAAAUAUUCCAGGAGUGUGGGUGAUGGUCUCAAAGAUGUCCAGGCAAAGGGUGAUGAUCUAGACAUUGCCUGAGGCCCAGGUUGGGCUCAGGGGCCUGAACUUCUGUGGCAGCUCUAAGGAGGUCCCAGAAUUCCAGGCAAAAGGUGGACCUGGGGAAUGAGGACCCUUUUCUCUUAGGCCUUCACAAGCUUGAUCAGCUGCCACCUUGCUCCCUGUGGUCCCAGACCCUAGA